AUGAUUAAGAAUAAUAAUUCAAACGAAAUAAUUGGAGUUGGAAAUUUCAAAGUGACAAAAUUCGAAGUGUGCGACCCAUCUUACGAUUACCCACUAAAAGUAAUUUAUAAAUUUAGAAAAGAUGACGCUGGAAAUCAAUUUUUAAGCGGGGAAGGUCAUUUUAAAGUUAAUUUUGGCGAAGAUUCCGAUUUUAAUAUUUCGAUCACGAUGAAACAAUCCCAAAAAGAUGAAUACGCACGAUUAGUUUCUUUAUAUGACGAGGAUACAUGCGAGGCUCUUAAAAAAUUUGUGGGGCCAUUCUUUCACGAUAUGCAAAAGGCUUCAGGAGUUAACCCGGGAACUUGCCCCGUACCAAAAGGCGAUUAUAUAAUGAAAGAUUAUAAGUUGGAUUUUUCAAAAAUCUCUUACCAAGCAAUCCCCGAAGGAAUUUUUCGGGUCGAACACACGAUUAAAAAUAUUAAAACUAAGGAGUACUGA